AUGCAGCCAAUACAGCCGGUCGGCGAGUACGACCUACACCGAAUACCACCUGCCUCAGGUCCCGGCGCGGGACCCCCACAGCGCCCCGGGCAAUACCGCGGAGGAGGCCGACACCGAGGAUCGAACCCGGGAUCUCUCGGAGGCAUACCCGCUAUAGUGAUCCCCGGGGUCGGGCAACUACCUCCCAUCCCUCCGCACGCGGUUAAAUUCAUCCGCAAAUUUGGGCCGUUGAUCUUGAUCAUCACGCUGCUGUUCGCCGUGCAGUACCUUCUCCUGUCGAUCUACCUGAACGUGCGGCGAAUCAAAUCCGACGUGAAGGAACAGUGCGCGUCGCUCCAGGCGGAUCUGAAUCUGACGGCGUGGGGGCACAUGGAGGGCGUGCGCAACGAGAACUGGCGGCAGCACCGCAUGGUGGGACGUGGCACGUACGGAUUGGUCCAGUGGUCCGCGUAUCGGAUCCAAGAAGGCGUGGUGGUCGGGGUAGGGUUUGGCGCGACGCUGCUGCGGCCUCACAGGAAGGUAAGAGCAGGGGGGGUUGGGACCGGUGGAGGUGGAGCAGGGAAAGACGGGGUGACAAUACUGGGCGACCCAUCGCUGCACUACCCGCGGGACGAGCCGCACGAGCAGUACGAGACCAUCAUCAUCCGCUGCGACCUGCGCGGGAAAGUGGUUACCAACCUCGGCGGUUACCUCGUUGUCGGAAUCGACAACGAGCAUAUAAUCCUCUAUCGGGAGGAUCGGGACUCCCCGACCCACGCGCUGCUGUCCACGACCCACCCGUACCGAGCCUCUUUCUGCACGUACCCGAUUGCCGACCCUGUGGACGGGGCGCGGCUCCGGGAUUGGCUGCAUGUGCACCGGGCGUACGGAGCGGAGCACGUGGUUGGGUACGAUGCGGGCGGCGUGGACCGGGCGGCGCUGCGUGAAGUGAAGGAGUUUCUGGAUGAGAAGUUUCUGGAGGUGCUGCCGAUGAGGGAUGUCGUGCACUUCAGAGUGCAAGCGCAAGGCAAGGGUGCAAGCGCAGGGAAAGGUGAGUCUGGGUUUAGGGGGCGGCGGGGGGAGCGGGCGACGCUGCGUGAAGUGAAGUUUCUAGAAGUGCUGCCGGUGCGAGACGUGGUGGUGCAUUUUGAGGUUCUGGCUCACGGCAAGCUCAUGGCGAUGCACGACUGUCUCUACCGCUCCACACUCACCUCCUCGUGGGUCUUAUUCCUGGACUGGGACGACAUUCUCCACAUCAUCUCGCCGCCCUCCCUCUCGGAGCUCCUCUCCCAGCAUCGCAACGUGCCCUGGCUGUCCUAUGGCUGCCAAGUCUGGGGCACCAAGCUGUGCAUGGGGACAAAGCACCGCAACGUGCCCUGGCUGUCGUAUGGCUGCCAAGUCUGGGGCACAAAACUGUGCAUGGGAACCAAGGUGAGCACCGCACUGCACCACACUGCUCCUCUUUGUACCACGUUCCACCGGAUCCUCCCACCGCCCUCCCUCACGGAGCUCCUCUCCCAGCAUUGCAAUGUGCCCUGGCUAUCGUAUGGCUGUCAAGUCUGGGGCACCAAGCUAUCUGUGGGAACAAAGGUGAGCAGUCGCACCAAGGGCCUCAUGCCCCAGGAGCGCAUGCUGUGGCACUGGCCUCACUUCCUGUGCUCUGAGGGCGACCCUCCCGUGGAAGCCAACUUCUGCCCGGGGACCAGGGGACACCGAUACAUCAUGGCCAACACUGGCAAGGUGUUUUUGAUGGGGGAGAGCGAGGUAGUUGAUCCAAGAACAGGAGGCGUAGACCUGUCAGUGGAGUCGGUGCGGCACGAGCGGUUUGAGAACGUGCACAAGCGGGGCGCUGACAUGGACUGGUGCUCGGAGGUGUAUGGCGAGAAAGACACUGUUGAGUGGUGGGUGAAGGACGGGACCAUGCAGACCCGCCUGGAGGUGAUUCGCAAGAAGGUUUAUUCCAAGGAGAAGAGAUGA